AUGGAUGAUGACAAUUUUGAAAUAGUAAAAGCUCAGUCUCCAAAAUCUUAUUUAUAUUCUAUAAUAGCUUUAAAUCAUUUAGGAGAAAUUGCAUCAAAAAUAAUUAUUACUUUAAUUUCAAAUGGUAGAUUAACUUCAAAAGAAUUAAGUAUUAAAACAAAUUUAACUUUAAAAUCAAUAAAAUCUUCAUUAGUAUCAUUAAUUCAAUUAAGUUGUAUAAAUUUUUGGACUGAUCAAAUUAAAAAAAUUACAUAUUAUUCAUUUAAUGAAAUUGGUAUAUUAAAAUUAAUUCAUAGUGGAGAUAUUUUAAAUUAUAUAACUCAAGAAUAUGGAAAUGAAGAAGCUGAAAUUAUACAAAAUAUCUUGGAAUUAGGUCAUAUAAAACUUGAAGAUUAUUUAAAACAAUUUAAUGAUGAAAUUAGAAUUAAAAAAGAAAAAUUGUUUAUAAAAUUAUUUAAUGAUCAUUGGUUAAAAAUUUUAAAAGAUUAUGAUUAUAAUGAUAUUAAUGAUAUUUGGCAAAAUAUUUAUGAUGAUACUAUGAAUAAUACUCCAAGAUCUGCAACAAUAUCUGAAGUUAAAAGAGUGGCAGAAGUUAAAAGUAUAUGUAAAGAAAAAUUAAUUAAAUUAUUGGAAACUCAACCAAAUGAAGAUAUAUAUAUUUCAGAAUAUGGUUAUAAAAAAUUAAAUCCUGAACUAAUAUUAACAUUUAAUUUAUCAAGGUAUCAAAAACAUUCAAGAACAGAUUCAUAUACAAAAUUAGCAUUUUCAAGAAUUGGAUUAAUUACUUCUAAAAUUUAUGAAGCUGGUUUGAAAAGUAUUGAAUCCAAUAGUCCCGAUUUAACACAUCCUUUUAUUGAAAUAUCUGAUUUACUUAAUUUACCAGGAGAUGUUGAAGAAUUUAAAAUUAAUCAAGAAAGAAAUUUAGUUUCUGAUAAUAAAAUUACUUUUUCAGUAAAAGAUGUUUCAAAAUAUUUAACAAAAAAUAUUAAUAUAAAAAACUCAAUUGUAACGUAUAAAGAAGAUAAUGAAGAUAUUGAUGGACCACCAACAAAGAAAAUAAAGUUAGAAAAUGGUCAUAAUCAUGAAGAUGAAGACGAAAAAUUGUCGACAAUUAAACAACAUCUACAGUUAUUAGUAACUGCAAAGUUAUUAAUUGAAACUUCACCAGGUAGAUAUAGUGUUUCAUUUUAUCACACAUCCAAAAUGGUUCAACGAUACAACUUUGAAGCAAUUAUAAAAUCAACAUUACAUGAUCAAGCAUUUAGAAUUUUGCGAUGUAUAAAACAAUUGAAAUUAGCUGAUGAAAAAGCUAUAUCACAACAAGUUUUAUUAAAAGAAAAAACCGUAAGAAAUGAAAUUUAUCAAUUAAUAAAAGCUAAUAUUAUCGAAAUACAAGAAAUUCCAAGAAGUGCAGAUAGAGCUGCCUCAAAGACUUUUUAUUUAUUCAGAUAUAAAGAGUUUCAAUCAUAUGAAAAUUUAAUAAAUUGUUUAAUCUUUGAUAUGGCAGAAGUUAUUAAUAUUAUAAAUGAAUUUAUUCAAGAAAAUAAAAUUUUAUUAGAUAAAUGUAAUCGUAAAGAUGUUCAAGGUCAUGAAGAAGAAUAUUUAUUAGAUUCUGAAUUACAAACUUUACAAAUUUUACAAAAUAGGCAAGUUAAAAAUAUUGUUAGAUUUAAUAGAAUUGGUUCUUUAUUAAAUAUAUUUAAUGCAUGA